AUGGGAAGCGUACCUUGCAAAGGAAAAAGUAUAAAGGAAGUGGAAAAUCAUGUGAAAAAAAGAGAUACCAAUGAAGGAAAAAAUAAACAAGGACAUCUCGAUCGUGGAAGAAAAAUUCAUGGAGAUCAUUAUGACAAGAAAAGUGAUCAAGAAUUCGAUGAAACGGACGAAUAUGUGAGUAAACGAAGGCCCCUUGGUUCUCAAGCAGUCAAAAAUGCGGAAAAUACUUCUGGAAAACACUUGAGCAGAUUACCACCAAUAAAUCCAUUGCGUUCAACAUCACACACACAAUAUAGCGAUCGAUCAAACAGUGACGAAGAAGACUCCCAUCGACAUCGUUCCAUGAGUACGACUAGGCAAAGAUAUGGCUCUGAUGUAGAAAGGGAUACAUAUCGACGAAAUAGAAGUGAAGACGGAAGUGCCGAUCAUUUUAGUUCAAACGAAUCAGCAACAAAAUCUUCAAAAAAGAAAAAAUUUAUUGGGAAAAACAAACUAUAUCCCUCGGAACAUCUUCCUUCCUCAUCGCGUACACCAGUCGAAACAAAGUCAUUUCGUUCCCCUUACGAAGAAUUUGCUGAAACUUCUUUUGUUCCCAAAACGUCUUUACACGCUGGUUCAUCAGGCACUAAUGCAGGUUCGUGGUCCACUACAAAUACUGAUAAAAACAAAAAAAUGACAACAACAGCAAGUGACAAUGAAGAUUAUCCAUCACAUUCAAGGUUAACAACAAAUACUCGUACAAACAACAAUGACGAUUUUAGAAGUUCACCAUCCUAUUCACGUUUUGAUCGAAAUAAAAGUCCGGUCUACGAUGUCAAAAAACCAUCGUCAACAACAUCAGUAAUAGGCACAAAAACAAAUUGGACAACGGGAUCAGCAAAGCGACCCCACACAACAUCAGGAAGUAGAUUUAAAACAGACAGUGAUAGUGACGAAAAGAACCAUCAAUUUUCUAACAAAUUAAAAACAUACUCUUCUUCGAGAAAUAACCAGCCUUUAAGUGACGAUGAUGAUGUUGAAGUAGGUAUAAACAAGACAAGCAGUUACUCUUCAAAUACGCUAACUAAAAAACCACCGAUGAGAUCGUUAAAUGAAUUCUCAGACGAUGAUACUCAAGAUCGAAAUAAAUUUAGUAACCAAGCAAAUAUUGGUUCAAAAUUUAGUGAUAAUUACACAAGAAAAGUGUAUGAUGAUGAUAAAAAAUAUACAAAUAACAUGAAUGAGUAUAAUCGGACUUAUAAUAAUAGUAGUAGUACCAAUAAAAAUAAUAAUUCUCAAUCACGUUUGUCACCUUUGGUUUUGCCAUCAAUGAAUAAUCGAUCGUUGAUGAAUUCUGCUCGUCAAAAGCCUAAUAUGGAUGACGAUGAAGGCGACAUGUGGUAUGGAAAAGAAAAAAUAAAUCUCAACAGUGAAUAUCGUGGUUCGUCUACAAAACAAAAUAGGGCAGGUAGUGAUGAGGAAAACUAUUUUGACAACAACCAUUACAAUAGUAUGUCUACACACUCUCGUUAUGGAGGUGGCGGAGAUCGUGAUAAUACCCUUUCAAAAUCACGUUAUGACGAAAUACCUUCACGAUAUAUGCGUAAUUCUGAUUCAUUCCCCUUACGUCCAAGACCAAAUGCUGAUACUGAAAGUGGUUUACGGUGA